AUGUUCAAGAAAUAAUGACCAAGUAAAUUUGAUCAUCCUCUCCAACUUCUUUAUUAUUUUUUCUACCUUUUACCCUUUGCUCAUCAGCAGUUAACUGAGCUUCUGAGACAAUGGAAGAUGAAGUAAUUCUGUUGGAUUUCUGGCCCAGCAUGUUUGGUUUAAGGGUCAGGAUUGCUUUGGCAGAAAAAGGAGUCAAGUAUGAGUAUAGAGAAGAGGAUUUGGUGAACAACAAGAAAAGCGAUCUGCUUCUUCAAAUGAACCCGAUUAAUAAGACGAUCCCAGUUCUCAUUCACAACGGCAAACCCGUCUGUGAAUCUUCCAUCAUUGUUCAGUACAUCGAUGAGAUGUGGAAGGGGAAAUCUCCUUUGCUUCCCUCCGAUCCGUACCAGAGAGCUCAAACUAGGUUCUGGGUUGAUUACAUAGAUAAGAUGGUAAACGGUCCUGGGAGGAAGACAUGGCAGACAAAAGGGGAAGAGCAGGAAGCAGCAGGGAAGGAGUUCACUGAAAUAAUGAAGGUCUUGGAGAUGCAGCUGGGAGAGAAGCCUUAUUUUGGGGGAGAGGCAUUUGGGUUGGUGGACAUAUGUUUGAUCACUUACUCCUGUUGGUUUUAUUCAUAUGAGAGGUUUGGGAAGUUCAGCCUGGAGGCAGAUUGUCCCAAACUGAUUGAAUGGGCAAAAAGAUGUGUGCAGAAAGAUAGUGUUGCAAAGGCACUCCCUGAUGAGAAGAAAGUGUUUGAGUUUUGCUUAGAGAUCAGGAAGAUGUUUGGGUUGGAUUAGAGAGAAAUGUCAAAUAUGUUUUGUUUGGGAAAGUGUUCUGCUUUCUUCAUGAGCUAAUGAUCUUGUGAUUUUCUUUCUGAAUAAUGAAGGACACUUCCUUUCUGUGUCCUUUCACCUCAGUUUGGUUUCUUAAUAAAACCUUUUCUAAUUCUUACUUUUUA